AGUUGUUAGUAACGAUUUACACAAGUCACGAUCAACACACAAUAUCAUCACAAUACACAGCUCACCAGUUAAUUAAAAAUGACAACCAAAGAUAAUUUAACAGCUGUUUUAUAUAAAAAAGAAGAUUUACGAUUAGAACAGCGUCCUAUUCCAGUGCCUAAAGAUGAUGAAGUGUUAUUACGAAUGGAUUCUGUUGGCAUUUGUGGAUCAGAUGUACAUUACUUAGUUCACGGACGUAUUGCACAUUUCGUUGUUGAUAAACCAAUGGUUAUUGGUCAUGAAGCAAGUGGCAUUGUAGAUAAAGUGGGCAAAAAUGUUAAAAGUUUAAAACCAGGAGACCGUGUUGCAAUUGAACCUGGUGUACCUUGCCGGGUUUGUACAUUCUGUAAAACUGGUAAAUAUAAUUUGUGUGAUGAAAUGGUGUUCUGUGCAACACCACCCUAUGAUGGAAAUCUUACAAGAUACUACACACAUCCUGCUGAUUUUUGUUUUAAAUUGCCCGAUCAUGUAUCAAUGGAAGAAGGUGCAUUAUUAGAACCUUUAUCUGUUGGUGUCCAUGCAUGUCGUCAAGCUAAUGUUAUGAUCGGUGAUUCAGUUCUCAUUUUGGGCUCUGGUCCAAUUGGUUUGGUUAAUAUAUUAGCAGCCAAAUCUAUGGGUGCUUCAACUAUCAUUAUCACUGACAUAGUUGAUUCAAGAUUGGCGAAAGCAAAAGAAUUAGGUGCAACUCAUACAAUCAAUACAAAAUCUAUUACAAAAGUUAAAGAACAUAUAGAAAAGUUGUUAGGUGAUUUACCAAACAAGACAAUUGACUGCGUUGGAGCCGAAGCGACAAUUCGUUUAGGAAUUGAAGCAACUCGCGCUGGUGGUAAUUUAGUUGUUGUUGGUUUAGCAGCAGAUGAAGUUAAAAUUCCAAUGGCUUAUGCUUUGUCACGUGAAAUCACUAUAUUGGGAGUAUUUAGAUAUUGUAAUGAUUAUCCAUUAGCACUCGAUAUUGUCGCUAGUGGUAAAGUUAAUGUAAAGCCUUUAAUUACACACCACUACACAUUGGAGGAAACUUUAGAGGCAUUUGAAACCGCUCGAACUGGACGAGGAAAUGCAAUUAAAGUUAUGAUUCAUGCAAAUGCCGAUUACAAAAAAUAAAUAUUUUAUACAGAUUAUCUUUACUUAAUAUAUAAU